CACAGCCGGGAUGGCACAAAGCUCCAUGCAGGCAGCAGCAGCAGCGACCUUGCCACCAGCCCGCUGCCAUCACCGUCACCAGAACACCCCCAAACCCGGCCGGGUCCCCAAUCGCAGUGCGCUCCUCUGUUUGCGGGACCGGCAGCCCGGCACACGCUCUGAGGAAAAGAUCCCUUCCUGUUCCCUGCGCGUUGUCUUCACACCAGUUCCAGGAAUUGCCCUGACAAAUAUUGACCAGGCUGCCGUGACCUCCGAACACCGUUUCCCUGUGGGUAGGAGGGACGCGGUGCUGAGGACCCAGGCCCCGCUCGUAGGUGACUCUGCUCCAAAGCAUAUCCGAAGUGUAAGGAAACUGUCAUUAAGCGAGCCCACACUGAGCUGUGCUGGAGGAGGGAGGACGUGGCCUUGGGGAUGGCAGUGCCCACAGGACUUUGACCAGCAAACACGUUUCCACACGACAGAUAAUGAGGCUGCAUUUGUCCCUCGCUUCAGCUGGCCUUUGGGUUUGGUGAGGUAUUUAGGACACCCAGAGCUAUAAACCAUCUGCAAAAAUAUGAUCUCUCCUGCCCCGUCAUGGCACUUGUAAUGGAUCCAGAAGUCACAGAGAAUGGGGCCAGCUUGGCUGUGGCUGCUGGGAGCAGGAAUCCUGGCCUCUGUCCAGUGUCAGCCCCUUCCUGCCCAUGGAGAAAAGAGUCUUGGGGGCCUGCAGCCCUCCAGCCACCAGCUCUCAGAGCCAGCUCCUGCCUACCACAAAAUCACGCCCACCAUUACCAACUUCGCCCUGCGUUUGUAUAAGCAGCUGGCAGCAGACAGCCCCGGCAAUGUCUUCUUCUCCCCGGUGAGCAUCGCUGCCACUCUGGCCCUGCUUUCUCUUGGGGCCCAGGCUAACACCUCGACCCAGAUCCUGGAGGGCCUCGGCUUCAACCUCACAGAAACCCCAGAGGCCGACAUCCACCGGGGCUUCCAGAGCCUCAUCCGCACCCUGGACCUGCCCAGCCCCAAACUGGAACUAAAGGUCGGCAGCUCCCUGUUCCUCGACAAGCAGCUAAAGCCUCAGCAGCAGUUUUUGGACAGCAUCAAGGAGCUGUAUGGAGCUUUUGCCUUUUCUGCCAACUUCACGGAUUCUGUCACAACCGGGAGGCAGAUUAAUGAGUACGUGAGGAAGCAAACAUACGGGCAAAUCGUGGACUGCCUGCAGGAGUUCAAGCAGGACACGCUCAUGGUUCUCUCCAAUUACAUCUUCUUCAAAGCCAAGUGGAAGCAUCCUUUCCAUCGCUACCAGACCCAGAAGCAGGAGAGCUUCUUUGUGGACGAGAGGACCUCUCUCCAGGUCCCCAUGAUGCACCAAAAGGAAAUGCACAGAUUCCUGUACGACCAGGAGGUGGCUUGCACCGUCCUCCAGAUAGAGUACAGCGGAAACGCCCUGGCGCUUCUAAUCCUCCCGGACCCGGGGAAAAUGAGGCAGGUGGAGGCCGCUCUGCAGCCAGAGACCCUGAGAAAAUGGGGCCAGUUGUUCCUGCCCAGUCUGUUGGAUUUGCAUUUGCCAAGGUUUUCAAUUGCUGGGACGUAUAACCUGGAAGAGGUACUUCCGCGGAUUGGUCUCACCAACAUAUUCAACUCGGAAGCCGACUUAUCAGGGCUCACUGGGCAGCUCAACAGAACCAUCUUCAGGGUAUGGCGCUGCAUGUGGGGCGGGCGGGUCUUUCUCCUUUGACAUAUGAUACAUUUG